AUGAUCCUACAGUUAGCCCAGCUCAGUAGUCAUCAGGAGCUGGAGCCCCACCGCCGCGUGUCAUUGAACACGCAGCUGACGGUGGUGCAACGUUCGCUCAAGGAUGGCGCGGAAGCUGCGGUGCUGGUAGCGGAUGUGCAGCGCCUGUCGCGGACUGCUACCACGGUAGGCGAUGCUCCUCCACCUCAGGUCGGCAUUGUGGCGGGCGACUUUCUGCAAGCGGCGGCAGCACGGCUUUCACAAAACCAACCGAACCAACCGAACCAAGGAAUCGCUACACUGUAUGUUAUUCGGUCGGACAGACGUCAAGUGAUCACCAUCCGCCGAAUGGGUCCCCUUCUAAAUGGCCCAGGCGGUCGGAACCUCUUCCUAUGA